AUGAGGCAACUCUAUGCAACAAAAUACCAUCUUUGGUCAGGCUUCAGAGACUGCAGUGAGCAGCAAGUGAAACUUGGGCCUUAUCCGGAGACCCAAGUGUUGAUUGUGCAGCUUCAUGAAGCUAGGUGUUCUCAUGAGGGAGAGCCACCUCUUGCAUACCACCUGGAACCUCAACAUAGAUUCAUAGGCAAGUGGGACAGUACGUCCUCGAGGAUUGACUCUCAGCCAAUUUCUACCUUGACGUUGUUCUUCUCCUUUUCAAUUUCAGCCAACCAUGGGCGCAAGGCUUUGGAGACUUUCAUCGAACAGCACAGCUGCUGGCCAAGGGGUGCUGAUGUUGUUCUCUGCAUCGAAAAGGCAUUAGCUCAGUCUGGGGUGUCUAGGGAAUAUGUUCGUUACAUCAACACACAUGCUACAUCCACACCGGCUGGCGGCCCAGAGACCUCAAAGAGUAUAAUGCUCUUAUUCAUUGUUUUGGCCAAAAUCCUGAGAGUGAACUCUACAAAAUCCAUCAUUGCUCGCCUACUUGGAGCAGCUGGUACUGUAGAAGCUGUUGCACCACUACAGAUACAUCCGCCAAACUUCAUUUUCUGGUCAAUGGUUCAACCUACAUAUGAUGACAAAGAUUCCAUUAAUGAAGAUGUCGGCGAAGCUUUUGCAGGUGACAAUGAUGGUGGAAUGGAUUAUGGGAUUAAGCAGAGCUUGGAGGAACAACAUUUUGAUUUUGCUGAAGUUGGCUAUGCAUUGAACAAAAUGUCAAUCACACUAAAGGAUUCCUUACAUAGUAGUGGAAGAUGCAAACUGCAGAACUGUAUUGGUUGUACAACAGACAUUAUGAUGGCCUCAGAGGAUUGUGGCAAGCUGAUGAUGAGUGAGAUGCGUAGUCGUAGACUUCCCUUUCAAGCGAACCACACGAACCAAUUGGUGAGUACUGUAGCAAACAAAAGGAUAUCUUGUAAAAUGAGAAUCGAACCCGCUCUCAUGGCCUGCAGCGGUGGCAUUCCUCAGCUCUCUCACAGACUCAUCGACUCUCUGGCCUUCCGCUUUACCGCCAAAGCUUUUCGCGCUUUCCCCAAGGCGCUUACGACGUCGUUCCCAGUUCGUUCCACCCAGCAAGCUUUUCACAAAGUUCUCACUUGUGCCUCCGACGAUGAUGUCUUCACUUGGGACGACGUCGUUCGGAUAUCUAAACCGGAAACUCUUUCCGACGGCCCUUCAGAUCUCAGGGGCUACUGGGAAAAGAUCAAAAUCUGCAAUCGCAGACUGGAAUCGCAAUCUGAGUUCCUUUCCUUUGUAAUUGAGGACCAAAUCGUUGGUUACGUUCACAAAGGUUUUGCUGAGAAUUUACGUAGUUUCAAGGACGUGUUUACUUUCCCACCAGAAAAUUCAAACUCUAAUGGCAGUUCAAUAACCUUGCAUUCAUCGCUGAGCACAGCUGAGGACAGGACGAGAGCGGUGGGAGAUGUAAUCAAAAGCUUAGGGGAAGAACAUAUUCCUGGUAUAAGGAAUGAGCUAUACCCUGUGACAUCAUCCUUUGGAGCACCCAUAUUUUUCUCUCUAGAACGUGCAGCUGCUCCUUAUUUUGGAAUAAAGGCUUAUGGAGUGCAAAUGAAUGGCUAUGUUGAAAAGGAUGGGAAGAAGUUUCUAUGGAUAGGGAAGAGAAGUCAACAGAAAACCACUUAUCCAGGGAUGCUUGAUCAACUAGUUGCUGGGGGACUGCCUCAUGGGGUUGCAUGUGGGGACAAUGUUGUAAAGGAAUGUGAAGAGGAAGCCGGAAUACCCAGUUCCAUGUCUAGUGUAGCUAUACCAGUUGGUGCUGUUUCAUAUAUGGACAUUGAUGGGUAUAGAUUCAAAAGGGAUGUUUUGUUUUGCUAUGAUUUAAAACUUCCUGAGAGUUUCACGCCUAAGAAUCAAGAUGGAGAGGUGGAGAGCUUCAAGUUGAUACCUGUGACGGAUGUUGCAAGCAUUAUACGAAGGACACAAUUUUUCAAGUCAAAUUGCUCUCUUGUCAUCAUUGAUUUCCUGUUUCGACACGGGUACAUUAGGCCCGAAUGCUUUGGAUACCUGGAUCUACUACAAAGUUUGAGGAGUGGUGAUUGUUCGUAA